UGGGUCUCCUUUCUUCCCCACUACACCACUCCAUUUUUCUCUCAUUGGUCGGUUUAUUUAAGUAGUUUUGAAAGCACUACUACAGUCUUUUUGCCAUUAACAAAUACCAUAGUGUUUGACUUUGACUGCUGACUUUUCCCACCUUCUCCAAACCCAAAACUCACUUCUCUUCUUAAUUUUCUAAGCAUUUAAUAUUUAGUAUCACCUUCUCUUCCUCAUCUUCUUAUUCUUCUUUCUCUCUCUUUUCCCAUUUUUUUUGGUGUUGUAAUGGCGUUUCUUUCCCUUUCUCUCUUUCUCUCCUUUGCCUUUCUUCUACUCUCUCCUGCCAUCUCCACAAAUUCUGAAGGAAGUGCUUUGCAUGCUAUGAGAAACAGACUAUCUGACCCCACCAAUGUUCUGCAAAGCUGGGACCCAACUCUGGUCAAUCCUUGCACCUGGUUCCAUGUUUCCUGUGAUAACAAUAACCAUGUGAUCCGUUUGGAUUUGGGAAAUUCUAACAUUUCUGGGACUUUGGGGUCUGAGCUUGGUGAACUCAAACAUCUUCAGUACUUGGAGCUUUACAUGAAUGACAUAAGUGGAAAAAUUCCAGAGGAGUUGGGCAAUUUGAAAAAUCUAGUCAGCAUGGAUCUUUAUAACAACAAAUUUGAAGGAAAAAUUCCCAAGUCUUUUUCCAAAUUGAACUCACUCAAGUUUCUACGAGUAAACAACAACAAACUGUCUGGAACAAUCCCUAGGGAGCUCACUAAACUCUCUAAUCUGAAAGUCUUUGAUGUCUCCAACAAUGAUCUGUGUGGAACAAUACCUGUUGAUGGCCCUUUCACUACAUUUCCCAUGGAAAGUUUCGAAAACACCAGGCUGAGUGGACCGGAGCUCAAAGGAUUGGCGCCCUAUGACUUUGGAUGCUGAAGAAAGGUAUAGGAAUAGGAGAUAGGAAGUUAAGUAACCAUAUUAUAUGAUGAUAAAAUAGGUAUGUCCUUAUAAAUCUACUAGUGGCAAAAGUCAAGCCAGUAAAUAAGGCGACUCGACUCUGGAUUUUGCAUGGGAACUUCUUGUUAAAUUAUUGCCCCUUUUUCAAUUAUAAUGUUGUUGAUUUAGUAUAAAUCAAACUAAUAUAUAUUCAUAGGAUAUCCCAAAAAUAUUAUAUUUGGUUCUCUUUUGAGCU